AUGCCAUACUUCAAGCAGGCAAUUGCAACCAAACAACCUGACAGCAUACAAACUGAGACAAUGAAACCCAUGUCUCAACGAGGUCAUUACGGCCCAGGGCUUGAUCGUCUCCGCAGCGACCCGGUCUACAUCGCCUUGACGGCCUUGGCGGUGCGACCCUUUCAGUGCGUCGGGAAUCCGGAUGGCACCUCGAGUAUGGCAAGCUACCGCAACGUCGUGUGCUGGCAGGAUCCUGCACAUUCCGGAAUGGUGGCCCUCUCAGUGGUGCCCUUCUUUGGAGGCGUUUGCAGCUUCAUGGCCCUCAUCGUUUGGGCGGUGAUCCAAUACCCCUUGAAGGUGGCCAGCCCUGGGGGUGUGAAGUUCGUGAAACGGUACAAUUUAAUUUUUUCCCGGUUCAAUCCUGAAGCCUACUUCUUCGCGUUGAUUUUGAACUUCCGGAACUUUUUGAUUGGUAUUUUGCCGAUCCUCCUGGUUGCCUACAAUGAAUUGCAGUUCUUGUCUCUCACCAUGACUGUGGCCGUCUACGCGCUUUUGCAGGCUCGAUUUUGGCCCUGGCGCACCCGCCUCUCCAACAUCAUGGAUUCCUGUUUGGCCCUCUUCUUGAUGGUCGUGAUAGUUGUGGGUAGCAUGUUGUUGGACUUUGACAGCUCCCGAGGAAACACGACGAUCCAAAUGAUCCUGAUCGUGGGCAUGGUCCUGGCUUUCAUCGGCUUGCUGUUGGUCUUUUGCUGGGCGGUCUAUCGCACCUACCAUCCCUCGAGGACAUAUGGAAUUUUCCUGAGCCACCACAAGCUCGGCGCUGCAGUUCUCUCCAGGUGGUUCAAGAUGCUCUUGGCUGAGAUCACACCCACCCGUGUUUUCUUGGACUCGGAUGAUGUCAGCAAACUGGAUGCCAUCAUCAAUGUCACGGCCUGGGAUUCGGAGAACGUGGUGGUCCUGAUGACCAGCGAAACCCUGAAGCGCAUGUGGUGUGCCGCAGAGAUCGCUAGCGCGUGGGCGGCCAGAACCAACAUCGUGCUGGUGAGUUGUGAUGGCAAUGGCUUUUCACAGGAGCUCUUGGAGAUGAUUCCGAGCCUUUGGACCGAGGAGCAGCAGGCGACAUUGGCCAAUGCAGGAGUGAACAUGCAAAUGAUCCUGGACUCCUACGAGGGUUUGUUGAAGCGGAAGGCCAUUCCGUUGGACAGGCGAGGUGGCAAGACCGAAUUGCACAAGGAUGCGGUGAAGGAAGUGGUGGCUCAGUGCAAGAAUCUCUCCAAGCACAUGUUCUCCUCCAUGAAGAGCACCAUGCAGCGCCUCUCCUCGCGGCUGGGAGCCGAGAGCGCUAUCUUGAUGCUGGGCGACCUGAAAACUGCCGAGGCUGGCAGCUGCUGCCGGGUCAUUCAGAUGCUCCUGCAAACCAAGCUGCAGGAAUCUGUCAAGGUGGUGGACCCCGUGCAGGCUUCUGAGCAUUUGGAGGAGCUGUCUGAAGAGAUGGGUUCAGCCAAGGUGGUCCUGGUGAUUUUGACCCAGGGCAUCCUGACGGAAGCCACCUUCGCCGGCUCCGUGGCGGCCUGCCCGGAGGAGGUUCGAGGGAACUUCGUCCCGAUCAAAGCGGAUGAGAACUUCGUGUAUCCGGACCCAGCCUUUUGGGAAAAACUUGCUGAAGGCAAGAUCUUCAGUGCUGAGACUCUUGCGGCCUUUUUGACAGACUUCGAGGGCGUCCGUGCAGCCUACGCACGGCUCUUCAACGUCUUGGCCUUGAAAUUCACCAGUCACGGCAGUGAAAGCAUCCAAGCCACAGAGAUUCACGUCAUGAAGGGCCGCCUGGAGAGCAUGAUCCACGAUUCACCGGUGACUGGCUCAGUGGUAGCUGGCGAGCUGGGCAAAAUUCCGCUCGAUGAAGGCUAUUUCAAGUUUGGGAAUUGCCCUGGGGUAGGCAUUGAGCCCAUUCCGCUAAUGGGAAAGCUGUCCAUGUCCCACUAUUUGGAGGGCCCGUGCUCGUGGCUGUUUGACGGCGGGGACGACACCCUUCGAGCUUCAAGUGCUCGAGAGGAUUUAACCCUGUUUCACAGCCUCAAGGCAGAGAUUGAGACAGCUGGUUACCAAGAGCGCGGCGAUGCUUUGGGACCUCAUCGGAGCCGAAAACACCUGCAGAUCUGGGGCGAUGCUCUAUCCGGUUCGCGGUGCUUCGCUUCCCUGAUCACCAAGGCUUUAGAGAUCUUCGACUUGACACUGGUAGAUUGCUGGGCCAAUCUUUAUCGAAGCAACGAAGACGUGAAGAGUUGGCAUCACGACAACUACCAAGACUGGUCGCCCAGGCCCACUGCCACAAUCGGUAUCAGCCUGGGAGCCCCUCGGGCAUUGGCCUUCCAGAAUGCGCAGACCAAACGCGAGCAUGAAGUGCUGCAGGAGAAUGGUGACAUCUUUGCCUUUGAUGAGCCAUUCAACAAUUUCUUCAAACAUUCGGUUCCUGCAGUUGUGUCUGGCACUGGCCAGCGCAUCUCUGUAAUCCUCUUUGCGAAUGAGCAAGACCAUGUGCCUCGCACGCUCCGAGUGAAGAAUCCUGGAAUGCGCGACUGCAUCCCGCUGGAUGUUUGCUGGGAUAUUUGGGACACCUGCGGCUGUGGAAGUCUGUGCCGACGAGACAGAUGCGCGGCGGCAUCCAAUGGCUACGAAGCGCCUCAAUCUUGGUACAAAGUUGCCAAGUGGCUCGAUGUAAGGAGUUUCGCAGAGAUUGAACACGUCUUCAAAUCGCUGGCCAAAGACGUCUCGAAGGAUGGUUGCCACCAGAGCGUGUCCUUCUACUCCAUGCCCAAACGUGAGCCACACAGCGUGCCUGGCUCCCGUCAGCCGUCGCCGCAGUCGCAAACAAUAGAGCAGCGGCCCGCUCGAGAGGACUUGGAGCUCUUGUCCGCGCGGCAGGCACUGACGCUGCAGGGGGCGCAGCAGGUGGUGGCCAUUCUGCGUGGCAAGAAACUGAUCGAAAAUCGUGCCUGGAGGAUUCCCGUGGGUUGGUAUGCCAUCCACGCGGGCGCUCAGACCAUCAACGACGAGCGCGCAGCGCGGAUUCGGUCCGUGUGGCCGGAGGCACCAGCGGAAGAGUCACUGCCCCACAGUGCCAUUUUAGGCCUUUUCUACGUGCACAGCCACACCGUCCCGCAGGCGUGUCCUUCGUACGUGUGGGCACGUGGACCGAUUUGUCAUGUGAUCUCCAAAGCCGUUGAGUUGCCACGGCCGAUGCACUGCCGCGGCGGCAAACACCUCUGGGAUUUGGAGGUCUGGCAGCUGCAGCAGAUCCACCAGCAGCUGCAAGAGGUCUCGGUGCGCUUCCACGACCUGUCGGAACUGUCGGAGGUCCUGGGAUGA